AUGUUUGGUAAUUUCACAGGUUUUGCACCGCUAUCUACCACAUCAGAUGGUAAGCCGCGGACCAUCCCACCAACAACACCUCUCACGUUUCCUUCAAGCACACCCCAGUCUCCUGAGUAUAUUUCUCCAGGAGAUAUACCCCUAGUCACGUUUCUUCAGACCAUUCAUCGACCAGCGGAUAUAAAACCAUCACAUUUCGAGGCAUUGGGAAUUCACAUCAUCCCAAACGUAUCUCCUCAAGAUUUCCUGCCAGAUCCUUCAUUCCUUCCUUCUGAUGAGGAAUGGACAAAUAUCUCCGAGGAAGAUUUAGAAGAUGCGACCACAGCCAGUAGACGACCUUUAAGCAAUGGUAAUAAAGGUCCUGGAAUAAAGACUUAUCUUGAACGUCGAAGAGAACUUUCCAUUGACAACACGGUUGCUUUCCGUACGGUCCGGAGAAUUCCCCAACCAAUAGGAAUAGCAGCAGCUCGUUUAGGCAAUUCAUAUGAAUUCUACAGAAAUCUGGAAGUAUUCUCAACUUACUGGGUUGAUACCUCUCUUCCUAAAGAAACCGCCUCUUCUUCUGGGGCCACCAAAAAUGUUUCCGAAAAUAAAUCCGAAGGAGAACUCAAGGAAAAAGCCGACGAUACAGUUCCACUUCACCAACAAACUCACAUCCGCACCGGCACCGGUUCUCAGCUCCCCCACGAAUAUCGCCAAGGCCUCGCAACCGCCUUUAUAAAACUCAUCGCCUACGACUUCGGCUGCAACGUUUCCUUCCCACGUGUCGAACCCCGUCUCCAUAUUUACCCACACGCACCACAAUCCUCAUCUGCUCCUUCUCAAUUCUCCGCCAUGGGCACCGCAAUGCUGUAUCGUACCCCCACCGACCGCAAUUCCGCCCGCGUCGGUUUCCAGGAAGGUCCCCUGGCAGCUCUCUCAUGCCGAUCCACCACAUCCUUUUCCACACCCCUCGACUCUAACCUCGAUCUCGCUCGUGAGAUCAUUACCAUCCUGCUCACAGCCCAACAACGCAAUCGUGAAGGCAAAGAAGAAAAACCCUUUGGGGAGGGGAAAUGGUGGACUACUGUUCCUCGUUGGGGCGGCGGGAAAGGUGGUUCGAUUGGUAAAGAAAUUGAAGUCACUACUUCGAAUUCUUCCUCCACUGGUCUAUUCUCAACAGAAACGGAAAAGAAGCCCCUUUUAACCGAUAUCAAAUCCAAAAUGGGUGGCAUCGACCCUCUCUUUUUCUCUUCUCAACCCUCCAUCACCUACGAAAGACGUCCCCCACAAAAGAAACCCCGUACGGCGCGUCUAGGAGGUCAAUCACAGCUUUACGAAAACUACCGCAAGAUGAUGCCGCCGGCUAGUACGUGGGAUAGGAAGGCGAGGUAUAUGGCGAUAGGUAAACCCGAGGGGGUGCAAGGAGAAUGGGAUGAGAUAUUUUUGGUAAGCUGUUUGAAUCAUCAUGUGAGUUUUCUGCGAGGGAGAAUCGGAAAGGGGAUUUUAGGGGUGUUGGGUGGAGAAACGGAUGGGAAAGAGGAGUUGAAGAGGACGGUCAUUUGGAGAACUAAAUGGUAUGAUCUUUUUCAGACGGGGGAUAGGGUGGAGGCGAUGGGGGUUGUUUGGGGGAUGGUGGCUUGGGUUAUGAGGGAGGUGGAUGAGGGAGGUGGAUGA